AGUCAGGUUGGUACCCAAGUGGUCUUGUGAUCGAACAGCUGAAGAAGACGACGGUCAGGAAUAAGAGUGAGAGUCUUGGCCUCUGAAGAGAAUUUUUUCCGUAUAAACUGAUACGGAAUUUUGACAAUAAUCAUGGUGGAUCGUGCGAAUAUCAAGCAGAUGAUACCGGCUCUGCCGGAUGAGAAAAUUGAUAUGCUGGCAGCUACAAGUAUGCUCCAGCAGCAGGCUGCUGAUAUCAGGAAUCAGCGAAUUAAUUGGCAGUCGUAUUUGCAAUCGCAAAUGAUAUCAAAAGAAGAUUAUGACUUUAUAGCAGCCUUUGAUACAAGUGAUGCCAAAGCAAGGGAAAACAAGCUAAAGGAGAAUCCACAUCAGGCAGCUAAAACCUUCCUUAACUUGCUCGGACAUGUCUCGAAGGAUCAGACCAUUCAGUAUCUUCUUACAAUGAUUGAUGAUAUGUUGCAGGAGGACCGCAGUCGUGUAGAAAUCUUCCGUGAGCAUUCUACGCGAAAGCGGGAAUCUGUCUGGGGACCAUUCCUCAACUUGUUAAAUAGACAGGAUGGCUUUAUAAUGAAUAUGACGUCGCGCAUUAUAGCAAAGUUAGCUUGCUGGAGUCACGAACUCAUGGAGAAGACCGAUUUGCAAUUUUAUCUGACAUGGCUCAAGGAUCAGUUGAAACUUAGCUUUGAUGCCCUGCAGGACACAGGCUUGCAUGCGGGACUAGAACAAGACACUGCUGUGGAGCAGGCCAAGGAGGCCGCUGACAUGCUGCACGAAUUGCUCAACCCGAACAACGAUUACAUCCAGUCAGUGGCGCGAUGUCUGCAAAUGAUGCUCCGUAUCGACGAGUACCGCUUCUCCUUCGUAUCCGUCGACGGGAUCUCGACUCUCCUCAGCGUCUUGUCUGGAAGAGUAAACUUCCAAGUGCAAUAUCAGCUCAUCUUCUGCCUAUGGGUGCUCACUUUCAAUCCGCUGUUGGCGGAGAAGAUGAACAAAUUCAAUGUCAUCCCUAUCCUCGCCGACAUACUGAGCGACUCUGUCAAGGAAAAAGUAACGCGCAUCAUACUCGCGGUAUUUAGAAACUUGAUCGAAAAAGUUGAAGAUGGACAAGUCGCCAAGGAGCACUGCAUCGCCAUGGUUCAGUGCAAAGUACUGAAGCAACUGUCGAUAUUGAGCCAACGGAAAUUUGACGACGAGGAUAUCACCGCUGACAUUGAAUUCCUCAACGACAAGCUGCAGGCGUCCGUGCAAGACUUAAGCUCGUUCGAUGAGUACUCGACGGAGGUGAAGUCCGGCCGUCUAGAGUGGUCACCUGUUCACAAAUCGGGCAAAUUCUGGCGCGAGAACGCUAGCCGUCUCAAUGAGAAGAACUACGAGCUCCUGCGGAUUUUGAUCCACCUGUUGGAUACCAGCAAAGACCCACUUGUCCUUAGCGUUGCCAGCUUCGAUAUAGGCGAAUACGUGCGUCACUACCCACGUGGCAAGCACAUAAUCGAGCAACUCGGCGGCAAGCAACGCGUAAUGCAGCUCCUUGGACAUGAAGAUCCUAACGUUAGAUACGAGGCUCUCCUCGCGGUACAGAAGCUCAUGGUGCACAAUUGGGAAUAUCUCGGCAAGCAGCUGGAGAAAGAGCAGACCAACGCAUCCGGACCACCCACCAGCAAGCCUGGAGCACAAGUACCAGCGAAAGCCUGAGCGCACUCGCGCAAUUUGUACAAAACUUGCGGAUUCGAUUCAGGAUUACAAGAGUAUUAUAAUUCGCGUAUCCUGUGGUAUAAUCUGCAUCCGCUUGCGCAACGCGCGUAUAAUUCAAGAUAGUUACAUUCCCUUCCGUUCUUCAUUUUAUUGUAAAAAAAAAAAGAAAA